AGAUACACCAGCGUGUCCACACAGGUGAGAAGCCAUACUGCUGUGACCAGUGUGGCAGGAGUUUUUCUCAGCUGGGUAAUUAUAAAUCACAUUUACGCAUACACACGGGAGAAAAACCAUUCCAGUGUGAAUUAUGCAAGAAAAGCUUCUCUAUUUCAAAAACAUACAAGCAACAUAUUCACACUCAUACGGGAGAGAAACCCUAUAAUUGUAAAGAAUGUGGAAAGAGUUUUGGUCGUCUAAGCAAUUAUAUUCGCCACCUCCGCAUCCACACUGGAGAGCAGCCAUUCAGCUGUGACCAGUGUGGGAAAUGUUUCAAUAGCUCAUACAGUUACAACCGCCACUUACGUGUUCACACUGGAGAGAAACCAUAUUGGUGUUCACAUUGCAAGAGACUGUUCACUCGGUCACAGUCCUUAAAGACUCAUCGCUGCACUGUAAUACAUGACGAUGACGAGAGAGAGAGUGAGGUGAGCUGCUCCUCGACCAAUUCCAACCUACAGAAAGAGGUGACAAACUAAUGCACAUGUCAAAUGAACAUGUCUGACAUGAUGAAAAUACCUAGACAAAGCUGAUAACUUGCAAGAACUUUUUUGAUAAAGAGGAUGUUUAAAGGGACAAGUGGAUUGGGGAAAAAAAAUGUCCCCCACACUAUAAGAGCUCUGGACACCUUGUUAUUGGAGCUAUCUUUGGGACUCUUUUGGGAAUCUCGUGUGAUACCUUUGUUCUUUUGUAGGUGAUGACAGGGCCAAUACUGGUUUAUACUAGAAUCUGAUAAUGGCCAGACUAAUGGCCACAUUUAAAGAUUAAUGCCAACAGCCAAAAAAAUCUGAUCUGACCACUAGGCCUGUCGGGUCCAAUCAAGGGCUCUGUUGUCAGAUGGAGGCAGUAUAUUAAGUAUGUGUUGUUGGUUUGUGACUCACAACAUAGAAAGAGCUGAUGAGUGUUUAAAAACCAUGGAAAACGGCCACUGUCUGUGCUUUUCAUGUUUAGUUAGAUUUUUUUUUCUUUUUUUAAAUUCUAUGAAGUUUUUUGUUUGUUUGUUUUUCAUGGUUCUCUUAUUAUCGGUUAAACCUGCUAUCCCUGCUCUAUACCUGCCCACUUGUCAACCAAAUAAGUUUUGGGAGUUGCUUACAUCAUCUGCUUCCAGCUGUGCACAGCCAGGAUCUUGGAGACUGCCCAGGAGCUUCUAAAAACCCCUCUUCCUGCUCUGUCCAACUGAAAAAUGUAUGCAGUCGGACACAUUUGCAGGACCAUAAAACCAGCUUUACUCUGACACAGAGAUGCUAUUUUGAAUAAAAAAAGAAGUGAAAAGAUUCACUUCUUUGAAUUUAGCAGACUUUUGAUGUCACCUGCUUAAUUGAAUUGAAUUGAAUAGCCCUUUAUUGGCAUUGUAUGAAAUUGGGUGCUCCACAGUAACUUUGCCAGGAUAAAACAUAAAUAGUAGACAGUAGGAAUAAGCAGCAACCAGGAGAAAUGUAUGCAAAACAAGAGAAAAGCACACAUUAAAGAACAAAAAGGACAAGGUCCCACCGAGAUUUGUACCCUAAUAGACUGGAAUUGAUAGAGCACUUAUAUACUUGCUCAAGCUGCAUCAGCCCAACCACACACAUAAAGUGCUGUAUCCUGUGCACUUCAAACACAUCACUACAGCACAGCAUCAGGGCUAACUGGGGUGCAGUUAGUUGACUGGAGGUGGCCUGCUGGUUACAUGAUAAGGGUAGUGAAAUAUCAGUACUUUAGCCGUGAUAGUAGUAAUAUAUAGUUAAUCAGUAUACUGUGAUUACUUUUAUAGAAAUGUGAUGGUGAUCAUGGGAAGACUUGAGUGGCCCACAUGGGUCUCAUCAAUCAUAAAAUAUCUAACAGAAAUAACUAUUGAACAUGCUCACCCCUUUUAAAUUUCCUAAAAUGCAGAAAUUCUCCAGAUUAACCCGUGUAUGGUCUUCAUUUUUGGGACCUUCUGGUAUUCUUCUGAACAUAUUUGGGGUUUUAGUAACAAGUCUGAAAUAAAAUUUCCCUUCAUAAACCAUUAACGUAUUAUGUCUGUAUCUCAUUUUUAAACA